AUGCUUAACCAACCUACCUUGUCCGCUUUCGUAUCGUUCGCCCGAUCCCAAAGCCUCAAGCAAACGACCUUUGAACCCCGUACCCACCUAAUCGACCGAGCCCUUCGGAGCCCCUCCCUUCCUUCGUCGUCUGUCGCUCUCGGCAAGCUCCUUACCACGUCCGCCCCUCUUCCGAUGCCACCACUUCCCCGAACUGGCCCCGGCCAACGUCUUGGCAUGGCUAACCGUCUGCCAUCUCGUUGGAACCCUGCGGUCACCUUGCAGCGCCGUGGCAGUCCAGCGCCGUGCUACGCCGUAGCAUGGUUCGAAUGA